AUGGGGUCGAAUAAAACCGGUAACUAUUACUUCUUCAUCUCGCCUUUGCAUCAAAGACUUUCCGGUAAUUUGAACGUUGUGUUGUCUUGUUCGUGUUUUCAGUUUCAGGUUGAUCGUUCGACAAUGAUAAGAUCAAUAUUAUUAAAAGUGUGAAAGUUGAUUUUUGCAGAUUUUGAAAAUAGAUUUCGUAAAUGGCGGAUCUUCAAUAAGCGGCAGUACCCCCGUUCUAGCAGUACAGAGCCUAAACCAAGGAAUCUAAAGAAUCCGGAUAAACCAGUUUGUUUCACUUCGCCUAUUCCAAGGAAGAACAUGAAUUGUAAGGUCUCCAUGUUCAUUAAAAGAAUUUGUGAUUUUUAGUGGACCUUAGUUCGCGACGUCCUCGAAUUCCCCUAGAGUUGAUGGAAACAUCAAUCUCGGAUAAUGAACUGAAUGAUCGAUAUAAGGUCGUCCAGGAAAUGUCGGGGAUUUUGAAGAUAAAUGGCCAGCUCUAUCAGGAUGUGAAGGUUGAGGAUCUUAUUUAUAUGAGUGAUCUGGGCUCGGGAACUUGUGGAACUGUCUCAAAACGAAAGUUAAAGGCUCGAGCCAUGGCGGUUAAGGUAAAAAUUUUUAACUAUUAUCUGAUUGUUGUAGGAGAUGAAACGGACAGACAACAAAGAAGAAUCUAAACGAAUAUUCAUGGACUUAGAUGUUGUUCGAAAGUCGAACGACUGUCCCUACAUCGUACAAUGCUUCGGGUAUAUAAUCACUAUGGACCAUCUCUAUAUUUGCAUGGAGUUAAUGGCCAAUUGCCUUGAAAAGGUCCUCAAUCAAAGGAAUUACAUUGGCCUGCCCGAGGAAAUAAUCGGAAAGGUUGCUUACAGUGUGGUGGAAGCUCUUGCAUAUCUUAAGAAUGUACAUGUGGGUACCUUUUUCUUUGAGCUCAUGCUUUUAGAGUCUUAUGCAUCGAGAUGUAAAACCAUCGAAUAUUUUGCUGGAUUGGCACGGCAACAUUAAACUCUGUGAUUUUGGGAUUUCCGGGCAGUUAAUUGACUCAAAAGCGACAACCUGGUCUACUGGAUGCACGGCUUACCUUGCGGUUGGUUUGACCUUUUCUGUUUGUAUUGGUUUCCUUUUUUAAUUAAUGUUCCUUUUUCAGCCUGAGCGUAUCAAUCGCCUGCCAUAUAACGUCACAGCAGAUGUUUGGAGUCUAGGGAUUACGCUUGUUCAACUUGCCAAGGGAUUCUUUCCGUAUACCGAAGACCCUACUCAGAGUUUGACUCCAUUCGUGUUGAUGCUCAAGAUCAGAGAUGAAGAUCCACCUCAAAUAGAUCCCAACAAUUUCAGCCCUGAAUUCUGUGAUUUUGUAAAGAGUUGUCUUCUGAAAUCAAACCAAGAACGGCCAAAAUACGACAGACUUUCGGUAUGCGCCAACUUCAACCCCGGGAGACUUAGAACUGCUACAUUAACCAUUACUUUUUGAUCUUUUUAGAAAAUGCCCUUUCUUAUUCGUGCGUCCCAAAGCGAUGUAGACGUUGGUCAUUGGAUGGCGAAUCAAGACCAGUACGAUCCGCCAUUCCCACCUCGAGAGUAA